GCAGAAUUUGAGCAGCAAAUCAAGUGAAGCCGGCUCUAGCGCUGAUUUUCAAAUCAAUUUAAAUGAGUUUCUUGAAUUUUUAAAACUCUCUUGCCAUGUCAAUGAUAUGAUUACAAAAGCUGAUAUGGUUAAACAACACAGGGAGCCGAUUCCGCCCAUGGAGGGAGGUGCUGGCGCACUUAAACGAAAUUCUAAAAAAGACAGCGAAUUCGAUUUUGAUAGUUUGGCUGAAAAUCAUUUAGUGAACGAGUUGCUGGGACUAAACCGUCAACAUCGUCAAAAAGGAGCCAACAGCAACGAUGAGAGUCGCACCACUCUGAUGCCAGAUGCGAAAUCAUCGCGCAUCUCUCACAUCCAUGGCGGUGGUGGAGGUGGACGUGAGAGACCCUACACAGGUCUACACCCAAAGCUCUACGAAAAACUGGAUUAUGUAAUCAAUGAGGGUGUGCUGGACUCUGUUUUGUCCUUCAUAUGUCCGGUGCCGGUGCCAGUGGCGCAAACUUUGGCGGCAACUUCUCGUGCCAAACCGAAGCAAUCGAUAUCACCCGCGGUCCCAAGAUCCACAACAGAGACGUCUUAUUUGCAAGCACCUGUACCCACAAGUACGCCAACAAGCUCACCAACGGCCCUCCCUGGAGCAGCUCAGAUGCCUGGUCCCCCGACGUCGCAGGUCGAUCAAACAGUCUUUUCUAUGAGCUCCGAGGCGAACAGCGUGGUGCGGGCUAUGGUCAAGGAGCAGAGCAACAAGUCUUUACCUCCAAGCAGCACAACAACAACGAUGCGUCGCAAAUCUCUGCUGCUGGUCAAGGACAGCAAACAUGCCCGUCAGGAGCGAAAGGAGCCCGAUGUGGUCAUCCAUGUCUGCGACGAGGUCAAGAAUACCUCACGCGACUUCACGUGUCCCCAGAGCCUGUUGGUCAGCAAAAUGGGUUACUUUGCGGAUGUAACCGCCGGUCAACGGCUGGACGAGAUGGACAUUUCGGUGCAUUGCGACAUACAGAUAUUUGAUUGGCUCAUGAAGUGGAUCAAGCACAGUGCCCAGAGCCAUGAAUUAUCCGCACCACCCAGCCAGAGUGCAUCGAGUUCGUCGGGUCCCCAGCUCGAUGGCAAUAAUGUGGUGCCGAUUCUGGUCUCGGCCAGCUUUUUGCAAAUGGAGCCGCUGCUGCUCGAGUGUCUCGCCUUCUGUCACGCCCACCUGAGCGAGGUGGUGCGCACCUCCACGAAUCUGUCGUGUCUUAACGAUGCGCUGGUCACGCGCCUGGCCGCCAUGUUUACGAAUCUGGAAUUGGAAAUGGUGCGCGACAAGAAGGAGCGCGUUACGCCGCGACUCUGGACCAAGCUCAUACAGAGUCUGUGCGAACCGGAUCCGGAAGCACUGCGUGGCCAUUUCUAUAGUAUAUCGGGGCUGUUUCGGUGCGCCCGCUGCUUUAAUUGCGUCACCAACACCAUGAAAUCGUACGUGAACUGUUUGGUAAAUCACAUUCGACUAAAUCGCUGGGGCCAGCUUGUGAGCCAUCAUGUGCGCGACACCAGUUGGGAUCUCAACAUUUAUAUUCUGCAACAGUUUAAGGAAUUGAAGUCCUGGCGCAAGGUAUACUGGAAGCUGUGGGGCCACUGCCAUUAUCUCUACUGUUGUAUUUGCGAGAUGCAUUUUCCGGUCUAUCAAAUGAAUUGGUGUCGCUACCAUCCGGAGCCGCCCAAUUAUCUGGGACCUGUGGCCGAGGGUCGCAUUGCGGGUCCAGCCGGACGCUAUGCCUGUUGCGGCCAGCAAGCCUUUCGCUUCGAAACCCUGCCCGGCCCUAAUGGCUGUCAGUUUCGAGAGCACAGCGUGCUGGUCGAGACGGAUCGCGAACGUGCUAUUCUGGCCAUUGCCCAGUUGGUGGCGGAGAACUAUGCCAUGUGUGAGAUGCCACCGUUGCGCACCCAGGAGCUAGCUGCCUCUGGAGAACCCAAUUGGAUGGACAUUUCUUUGACGCCGCAACGCUGCCGGCAAGGUCUGCUGCCACAGCUCUGCAUGGAUGUCAAUCUUCUCUCCAUUUCAGUGACCAAUCAUCGUGUGAGUCGAGUGCGCGCCUUCCACAACUCCAGGCAUAAGAUCGACACCAGCAGCGACUCCGACACAACAUCCACCAGCGAAGACGAUGUCCGUUUCCUGCGCUCGAAAGCCCGCAACGCCAUGCAGCAAGCAGCAGAUGAUGAGGACGUGUCCUCCAGCAGUGAUGGCUGCGAAUCAGAGCAUCGACCGCCCCCGAAGAAAUCGCGCGGCAAAAAGAUUCGCAAACGGCCCGCCGAGGUGUCGGGUCGGUACUGGUCCGGCGAGUUGUCAGCUCGCAGCAAUCAGGAUCAUCAGCGGGACUUCGAGGAGAAGAUCAUGAAGCAGGUGGUCAGCUAUGUUACCAAGAAGACGGGCUCGGAUCAAUCGCUGAUCCAAAACUCACAGCCUAUCGGUGGCACCUAUGUGCGACUUGAGGCCGAGUGGAAGGAGAUGCUCAAGCAACGCCACAACAACCACAACAUCUCCAAUAGUGGGGGCUUCAGUAGCAACCAAGUCACGUAUUCAGGCCUGGGCACAACUGGUGUCUGUGGCAGCAACCUAUUAAGCUCCGGUGCUUCGAUGCUGGUCAAGCAGAAGCACAAAUAGGCGGCACCAACACAUAGAUUUUAGAGAAUUUUCACCAAGUAGCAACAAAUUUCUAGUCAAAUCUUUUAGCGCUAAUCUAUUAUGUAGAUCAAAAUGUUGUGCAUAAAAAAAGUUAUGUAGUCGCAGCUCAAAACAUUUCACCAAAGAAUUCCAAUAAAUUGUAUGCGAAGCUAAGGUCGUUGGUUUAAAAAAACAA